AUGGGAAAUGCCCGACUAAGGGAUACCCUGAAUCUUCUUCCAUCAACACCAACUACCGAACCGAACUACUUGCCACCGCCUCAUACUCAGCUGCUCCAAACUGGCGUCUCUCUCAUUGUGGACGAUGGCAAACCAACGCCCGAGGCAGCUGUGUCCCGACGUCGUCCCGGCGGCGGCAAACGCAAACGACGUCCCCAACUGCCGCUGGCCACAAUGGGCGCCAACGAGGAGGAGAACAAUGGCGCCUAUUGGCGCGGACAUGUGGAGGAUGAUCACAGUGCAGCUGCUGCUGGGAAUGUUGGUGUCCGGCGCAAACAGUUGCCCAUACGCGAGCCAAUGGCGGCACUGGAACGGGAACGCGACCGGCAUCGACAGCGUCCGACGGAGGCGCCAGCCGUGGGUGGCAAGGCCUAUCGACGACCCUACGGCCAGGCCAAGAAACAGGAUCAGGAGCAACAACUGCAGCAGCAGCAGCAACAACAACUGAUGCCAACAGCUGCCACGGGCAACAGAACGCCGGUGGAUCUGAAGAAUAUUUUGAAAAACUCGGGCGGGCUCAGUCUCAGCGAGAUAUUGCAACAGAAGAAUCUAUCGCUGGAUGAUCUGCUCAAGGGCAAGCAGAAUGCGCUGCUGGCGCUGCAGACCACAGCGGUGGCGCCUGCAUCCGCUAGCCAGGAGCCCAAGGUCAAAGCAACGGGCCAGAGCAGCAACGGCAACAACAAGCAUGGUGUGCGACGCAUACCCGCCGCCUUUCUGACGCAUGAGCAGGAUGUGGAGGAACAGCAGCAGCAGCAGCAGCAGCAGCAGGAAGAUGCCCGCCAGCAGGAGGAUUCCCGGGAGGAGCUGUUCAAGCCCAAGCAAAACAAAUUGCCGGCACUGCAGCGUUUAAAGCUAUUCGGCAGCUCGUCGCGCGAGGGCAGCAGCACCAGACGCACGCUGCAUGCCAGCAGCACAGCAGCAACAGCAACUGUUGCUAGCAGCACAACGACAACAACGACAACAACACGUUUGCCGCUGUACAAGAAGCGACAGCAAAUGCGCUCCACACUAAAGCCGCCAGCAUUGUUCAAGGCAACAGCAAGCAGCACAACCGCAACAAUAACUACAACCGCAGCAGCAGCAGCAGCAACAGCAGCAGCAACCGAGCUGGAUGAGCAGCAAUUGCUGCUGGAGACAACAACAGCUGCUGUGACAGCGGCCGCAACAGUUGCGCCCGAAGCAGAUGUGUCCGAGGAGGAGAACAGCAGCGAGUUGCCACCAGCAACGCGUUACCGCACGCGCCACAACAGCAACAACAGAGGCAGCAGCAACAGCAACAGGGACAGAGACAGCAGCAACAGAGACAGCAACAACAAACAGGAGCAAACGAAACGUCUGCGUGACAAUAUUAUUGGCAGCAUUUAUGAUCGGAAUUCCGUGGAGAGCAUUGAGGAUGUGGAACUGGAGCUGGCUGAGAAUGUUGUCAGCUCCGAGGCCACGCACAGCACAGCAGCAACACACAAUAGUAACAGCAGCAGCAGCAACAGGUUCGGCAACAACAGCGCCGAGCAGCUCGGCUAUAAUGAUGGCAACGAUGAGCUGGAGAACUUUUUCGAUGAGGUCGAGAGCAAUACGCAACACAUAAGCGUGCCAGCGCCGAUAACCACGGCCCGGCCGAGCAGUCCGACUAUGCGUGUCCGGGCCAAGCAGCCCCGGCCACAGGCACAACCCCAACCACAGCCGCAGCAACAGUCGCCGGCGCCGAUGAUUUUAAUGGAUGAUGUGGACGAUCGCACAGAUCUGCUGGAGUUAAUUGAGGAUCGACGUUCGGGCAAUCGUUUGUUUAAGGUGCUCGAACAGCGCAACAUGACGCUGGAGGAGCUGAUCGAGCAUCGAAAACGGGGCUCCAGUCAGCUACAUUUGUCGACCAUACUGAGCACGGGCAAGGAUCAUUCGCGUUUCUAUCCGGGGCAGAAGGUUGUGCUGCAGGAUAAUAUGGAUAUUGUGACGGCAUUUGAGAAUUUUCCACAUUUCAAUUUGAUUGAUUUGAAGAGCGUUAAACCGGAUGAGAUAAAAACGGAUUCGCAGGGCUCCAGUUAUUUUACAUCGAUUAUCGAUAUUGAGCCCAAUAAUGAUAAUGACGAUAAUGGCGAUAACAACAACGAUAACAACAAUCGUAAUCGAGGACCCACCUAUGCCCAGUCUUCCCUAGCAGCCACUGCAACAGCCCAACAACAACAACAGCAGCAACUGCAGCGCGGCGAAAAAUCGCUCGGCUUUUUCCCUUCAUGGAAAACUCUGGCGCUCGCCUCGCUGGCAACGGCAACAGCUGCACGCGCCGCCGCUGCCAAUGCGGAUGAUAAGCGCAGUGCGUAUUAUUUGCCGCCGCCACGCCUACUACUCGACGGCAACUCACAGGAGCAGGAUGACAGCAACAGCAGCAACAACAGCAACAACAGCAACAACAACAACAACAACAGCAACAACAACAGCAUGGAUAUAGAUCUUAGCGUGAAUACGUUUGGCGGCGCGAGCAACAGAAAUGUUAGCAAACUGGCGCCCAGCGAGGACAACAGCGAUGUCAUCGAUACCAUUGAGAAUGAGGUAGCGCGUGCGCACGAUUUACUCGAUUUGGAGCUAUCCGGACACGGCUUUCGACGCAGCCCGGCCGCAGCGGCCGCCACAUCCAUGUCGCAACAGCAUUUGGGCAACCUGUACGCCAGCAUGCCGGCGGGCAUACGUUCGGCAAUUGUGGCCAGUGCGGCCAUUGUGCUCACCUCGCUGGGCACAUUCAUGGUGAUAUUUGUGGUCUGCCGCUGGAAGCAGCAUCGACGCCGCAAGACCAGCUACCUAAAGACCUACAAUGCGAUGAAGAGCAAAUUGCCGCAAUUGGCGCAAACGGCGAACGCAUCGCGACGCUCCUCGCUGCGCCAGCACAUGGAGGAGCUGGUGGUCAGCAGCAGCAACAGCAGCGAUGGCUGCCACAAGCCAACCAUUGCCACGGUCUCGUGCAGCACACCAGUGCAUCAGCAGCAGCAGCAAUCCCAUCAGCUGCAGCGUCAGAGCUCGUUAUUGUUUAGCCGCGAGGGCUGCUGUGCCAGUUCCCUGACCAAGGCGGCAACAGUUGCAGCUGCAGCAACAACAACAACUGGAGCAGCAGCAGCAACAACAACAACAACUGCCACUGCCACGGCAGCUGGGCGUGGCGUUGGCUCAUUGGCCCUUACACUGCGCAGCACACACCAGAAACUCAAUACCAUGGAUCCCAAUUCGCCGGAGGUGCAGGAAUAUCUAUUCGAUACACUGCGCAAAUCGUUCGAUAAUUAAGCGCUAGGCUCUAGAUAAAACAGUUUAGAUAACACAAACACACACACACACACACACACACACACACACACACACACACACACAGACACACACUCUCAGUACAGAGACAACACUAGACAACAUGUAGUGGUAUCGCUCCGUUUAGGCCAAGUUUUAUAUAAACUAUAAAUAUACUUAAAAAUAUUAUAAAUAUAUAUACACAGAAAAUACGUUAGUUUAUGUACUUAAGAGAAAUGGAAUUUUUUUUUUGUGUGUGGUUGCAUUAGGACUAGAAUUGAAAAAUAGUUUGGGAUCAUAUGACACUGUCCGACGAAUUGCCGGCCGAAACGAAAGUAAAAGUGAUAAGCGAAGCGAGAAGCGAAGCUUGGGGAUGUAGUUGGCAAAGCGCGAAGCUUUACGAAAAGUAUGGCAGGGCGUGUAGCGAGAAGCAUAGUGAGAAGUGCAGCGUUAAGCUAAAAGAAAGAGGAAAGGCAAGCAGCGUAAAGCUAAAUUAAGCGAGAAGCGUUGCGAAGAGCAUAGUGAGAAGCGCAAAGUAAAGCAUAGCUAAGGAAAGUCUGAAGCAAGGCACGAAACGUAAAGGAAAGUAAAGCGAGAAGCGUUGCUAAAAGCACAGUGAGAAGCACAGCGAGAAGCAAAGCUAAGUGAAGUAGUUAGCACAGCGGGAAGCGUUACUAAAGGAAAAGUAAGAAGUGUAGCGAGAAGCAUUGCGAGAAACAAUAAGCGUAAAUGAGAGUUAAGCCAGAAGCCUUGCGAAAUGCAUACUGAGAAGCGAAGCGAGAAGAGAUGAAAAGGAAAUAAGGCAUUAAUAUAAGAACUGUAAAGGAAAAUUAAGCGUGAAGCGUUCCGGAAAGAAUAGUGAGCAGCGAUAAACAGAUAAGCAAAAAUAGAAGACCAAUUGGUAAGGGCAGGAAGAAGCGCUUCGAAAUCCGCUCUGUUAAGCGUAACGAAAGAUAAGGCUAAAUGCACAGAAGAGAAGUAAGAAGCGAAGAUGCGGAGUGAGAAGCGAAGAAGAGAGAAAGCGAAGCUUAGAAGGAACUGUCAAAAACUGUGCAGAAAGGCCAGUAAGAAGUGCAGCGAGAUGUGUAGCGAGAAGAAGUUUUGCUGCUCAACAUACCUAAAAAAUAUUCAAUAUAAGGGAAGGGACACCACUAGCAAAACGCAGACAAAAGUGAAAGGAAAGUGAGAAGUCUUUUAACCAUGCUGAACACUUAAUUUUCUGGCAAAAGAUAGGUGCGCAGCUUAAAAUAAGUAAAGCAAGCGUUGCAAGAAAUAAACCUUUUCCUUAUUUAUAAUUAAAAAGUAAUUUCUCUUUAGAGAGAGAAGCGUAAAAUGACCCACGAAAUGAACACGUAGUAAGAAGCUGUACUAAACUCUGAAUUAUCUAAGCUUAUCCAUUACGCCCACUUUAACAUUAGCCAAACCGAUUUACAGCUGAGACUUUCAUUAAACACGAGCUCACAGAAAAGACCAUAAUUGAAGUGCAAGCUCAAAGGAAAAACUGAUGAAUUGUACUUGCUGAAAACUAAUUGUUAGCUUCAAGUUAUGCUCAUAGCAACGAGACAAUUUGUAGUGCAGUGUCAUGUUGUCCUAAGGCGCAUACUAAAACAAAUAGUACUUAGCUCUAAAGCUCUAAUUACAAUACGAACUACAGCUGACCCAAUGAUCGGGCGUGUGGCACGUAAUUUUAGAACUCUAACCCAAAAAAAAAAAAAAAAAAAAAUUAAUAAUGUAAAA